CCGACAAGCCGAAAAGACCAUCCUCAGACCAUCGGUGCUUUCGAUUUUCUGUGAUACCAACUCUGUUAUGAUACAUGGCCACUUCUUACACUUACACUUACUACGAAUCGCGGAUCAUGGGGGCGCAAAGAAUGCGUACGGCAAGCAGCUUGAGUACCGGCGAUGAUCAUCGGAUCGCGUUCCAGUUGAAUUUUGCCCUUGAAUACAUCCAUCGGCGCGGGGAUGAGGUACGAAUCCAUCGAGCGCUGCCGUGCGCAUGGCCCACCCGGGUUUGGUCCGAUGAGCUUCUCUGGAACGAUGGCCAGUUUUUAUCCAUCAUUCUGUCCGCAAUUGGCGUUCCCGUGGAGUAUCAGCUGCCGAUCAUCCGAAUGAUGUACGACAAGGCGGUUCAGAUGACCACGACCCCCGCCAGCGACGGCGCCAAUCUCGUCCGUAUGGAAGUAACCAUCUACAUCGUGACUCAUGUGCUCUUGGAAGCAGAAUUAUUGCCAUCGCUAGUGGAACAACCUUUGCUUUUCGAGUCAGUUUUGGAGAGAAUUAGGGUGAAAGACGGCGAUCCGACGAGCGAGUGCACCAUCUGCCUGGACGAGCUCGCGGGCGGGACGGAUGCGAUGAAAAUGCCCUGCUCGCACAUUUAUCACGUAGAUUGCAUCAGGCAAUGGUUGGAGAGGAGCCGUUCUUGCCCCUUGUGUCGAUACACCUGCGUACGACCGCGUUGAUCAAGACAAUUGGAU